AUGGUUGACGCUAAGGAAGAAUCUGCUAAUCGUUCAAGGGAGGCGGACGAUUCAAGCUUGGAAAAUGCCGUUCAGCAGCCAGAAUUGUUUCAAGAUUUAGGCCUAUCGAGCCAGACGCUCAAGGCUAUAGAAAAGAUGGGUUUUACAAAGAUGACCCAGGUGCAGGCGAGGACUAUUCCACCUCUAAUGGCUGGAACAGACGUGCUGGGCGCGGCCAAGACCGGGUCUGGUAAAACCUUAGCUUUUUUGAUCCCUGCCAUAGAAAUGCUGUAUUCAUUGAAGUUUAAGCCUAGAAAUGGUACUGGUGUGAUAGUUAUCACUCCUACUAGAGAGUUGGCAUUGCAAAUUUUUGGUGUGGCUCGAGAGCUAAUGGAAUUUCAUUCUCAGACAUUUGGAAUUGUGAUCGGUGGGGCUAACCGUAGACAGGAGGCUGAAAAACUUGUCAAGGGUGUUAACAUCUUGAUUGCCACUCCAGGAAGACUGCUGGACCACUUGCAGAAUACUAAAGGAUUUGUUUUUAAGAACUUGAAGGCGUUGAUUAUUGAUGAGGCAGACCGUAUAUUGGAAAUUGGGUUUGAGGAUGAAAUGAGACAAAUAAUUAAAAUAUUACCAAACGAAGAAAGACAAACUAUGCUGUUUUCUGCUACACAAACUACUAAGGUUGAAGAUUUAGCACGUAUAUCUUUGAGACCAGGACCUCUAUUUAUCAACGUGGAUUCUGAAAAGGAGACGUCUACUGCAGACGGUCUAGAGCAAGGUUAUGUUGUGUGUGAAAGUGACAAGCGUUUCCUGUUACUAUUUACCUUCUUAAAGAAGUUCCAAUCGAAAAAGAUCAUUGUAUUCCUGUCCUCCUGUAACUCCGUUAAGUAUUAUGCUGAACUAUUGAACUACAUCGAUUUGCCAGUACUUGAACUACACGGUAAACAAAAGCAGCAGAAGCGUACCAACACGUUCUUCGAAUUCUGUAACGCGGAACGUGGUAUUUUGGUCUGUACUGAUGUUGCUGCUAGAGGUCUAGAUAUUCCAGCAGUUGAUUGGAUCAUUCAAUUUGACCCUCCUGAUGACCCAAGAGACUAUAUUCACAGAGUCGGUAGAACAGCAAGAGGUACCAAGGGUAAGGGUAAGUCACUAAUGUUCCUGACUCCAAACGAGCUAGGUUUCUUAAGAUACUUAAAGUCUGCCAAGGUUCCAUUGAAUGAAUACGAAUUUCCAGCUAACAAGAUUGCCAAUAUCCAGUCUCAAUUAGAGAAGUUGCUGAAGACUAAUUAUGUAUUAAACAAGAUUGCAAAGGAUGGUUACAGAUCUUACUUGCAAGCAUAUGCGGCUCACUCUUUAAAGACUGUCUACCAGAUUGAUAAGUUGGAUUUGGUAAAGGUUGCCAAGUCAUACGGUUUUUCUGUGCCACCAAAGGUUAAUAUUACUAUUGGCGCCAGCGGGAAGACCAAAGAACCACCUAACAAGAAAAGAAAGAUUCACAAAGCCUGA